AUGGAGGCCGCCGCCGCCGCCGCGACGGGGCUCGCCCAGAGACCGGUUGUGCUGUACCCGUCGCCGGGGAUGGGCCACCUGGUCUCCAUGAUCGAGCUUGGCAAGAUCCUCGGCGCGCGGGGACUGUCCGUCACAAUCGUCGUCGUCGAGCCGCCCUACAACACGGGCGCCACGGGGCCUUUCCUCGCCGGCGUCUCCGCGGCCAACCCGUCCAUCUCCUUCCACCGCCUGCCCAAGGUCGAGCGCCUCCCGCCCGUCAAGUCCAAGCACCACGAGGCGCUCACCUUCGAGCUCGUCCGCGUCUCCAACCCGCACCUCCGCGAGUUCCUGGCCGCCGCGUCCCCGGCCGUGCUCGUCGUCGACUUCUUCUGCAGCAUCGCGCUGGACGUGGCGGAGGAGCUCCGUGUGCCCGCCUACUUCUUCUUCACCUCGGGCGCCGAGGUGCUGGCCUUCUUUAUGUACCUCCCGGUGCUCCACGAGCGGACCACGGCGAGCUUCCAGGACAUGGGGGAGGAGCUCGUGCACGUGCCGGGCAUCCCGCCGUUCCCGGCGACGCACUCCAUCCUGCCCAUCAUGGAGCGCGACGACGCGGCCUACGACGGCUUCCUAAAGGGUUUCAGAGACCUCUGCCGCUCCCAGGGCCUCAUCGUCAACACGUUCCGCUUGCUGGAGCAGCGCGCCGUCGAGACCGUGGCCGCGGGCCACUGCACGUCCCCCGGCCUCCCGACCCCGCCCAUCUACUGCAUCGGGCCGCUCAUCAAGUCGGAGGAGGUGCUGGGCAAGGGCGGCGAGGAGUGCCUGGCGUGGCUGGACGCGCAGCCCAGGGCCAGCGUGGUGUUCCUCUGCUUCGGCAGCAUCGGCCGAUUCAGCGCGGAGCAGAUCAGGGAGGUGGCGGCCGGCCUGGAAGCCAGCGGGCAGCGGUUCCUGUGGGUGGUGCGGGCCCCGCCCAGCGACGACUCGGCGAAGAAGUUCGAGAAGCCGCCGGAGCCGGACCUGGACGCGCUCCUCCCGGAGGGGUUCCUGUCCCGGACCAAGGACAGGGGCCUCGUCGUCAAGUCGUGGGCGCCGCAGCGGGACGUGCUGGCGCACGCGUCCGUGGGCGGCUUCGUGACGCACUGCGGCUGGAACUCGGUCCUGGAGGCGGUGAUGGCGGGCGUGCCGAUGCUGGCGUGGCCGCUCUACGCGGAGCAGCGGCUCAACCGGGUGUUCCUGGAGAAGGAUAUGCAGCUGGCCGUGGCUGUGGAAGGGUACGACAGCGACACGGGCCUCGUGGCGGCCGACGAAGUUGCUGCCAAGGUGCGAUGGCUCAUGGACUCCGAUGGCGGGAGGAGGCUCCGGGAGCGCACGGUGGAGACCAUGCGGCAGGCCAAGGACGCGCUGCGCGAGGGCGGUGAGUCGGAGGCUACACUGGCCGGGCUGGUGGACCAGUGGAAACGCACUUGA